GGUUUGGGAUUUGAACAGGAAAAACAGGGAAGAGCUCUCUGAAGGGAGUGGGGGAUGUGAUGAAUUUGUCUGAUGCUGAGAAGAUGUGGAGAGUAUUCAAUGCACUUGGAGACAUUGCAUUUGCUUACUCAUUUUCUACCAUUCUGAUUGAAAUCCAGGACACAAUAAAAUCUCCAGGGGAAAGCAAAGUGAUGAAGAAGGCCACUUGGAUAGGUGUCUCAACAACCACUCUGUUUUAUGUGCUUAUUGGAUUCAUUGGCUAUGCUGCAUUUGGGAACCAAGCUCCAGGCAACAUGCUUACUGACUUUGGGUUUUUGGAGCCCUUCUGGUUGAUUGACAUUGCCAACCUCUGCGUUGUGUUGCACAUUCUGGGUGCAUAUCAGGUGUUCACCCAAUUACUGUUUGCUGCACUUGAAUCAUGGAUCACUAAAAGGUGUCCCAAAUCAAAGUUCAUAACAGGGGAGUACCCAAUAAGCAUUACUACCAAACGUUUCAGCUUCAACUACAGUUUCAACAUAUUCAGAUUGAGCUGGAGGACUGCUUUUGUGGUGUUCGCUACUGUACUGGCAAUAGUGAUGCCCUUCUUCAACGACAUACUUGCAUUCAUUGGAGCUAUUAGCUACUGGCCGAUGACAAUUUAUUUCCCCAUGGAGAUGUACAUCACACAGAAGAAGAUCAGAAGAUUUACAUUUCAAUGGAUGUUCCUCCAACUAAUCAAUAUAAGCUGCUUUCUCGUCGCCUUAGCUGCAAUCUCUGGAUCCAUCCAAGGUUUAAUUGGGGCAGUACGCGUAGAUAACAUCUUCAAGUUGAAAUAGUGACAAUCACCGAAACUGAUAAUGAACCAUUAUUUGUGUGUGAUCUUCUGUAAACAUGGUUAAGGAUAUCGAACAUUGCUUGAUCUCUGCAAAAUUUUUGCAUGUCAAAUAUCAGAGACUAAUUCAGUCAAAUACAUUUCCGUACAUUGAUAUGCACCCUCUUGAUAUCUAGUCAUGGAUUUUUAGAAUUUUA